AUGGCAUUCGCCACUGCUAGCGGAACACCAUCAGUUAGCGAUGACGAAGAAGGCACAUGUGACUUGGCCCGAUUUAAUAUCUGUACCAUCUGCCAUAGUCCGACCUGCUGCGGUGGGUCCCAUAAGGUCGAUCUCGGACCAAGGAACUGUGAAAUAUCGUCCUUCAACGGCAGCUGGCCAGGCUCUAGAUUAGCCACCGCUGUGGAUCAAUUUGUUCCUUGGAGUGAAUUUCAAUAUCUACGCUGGUGCCCGAGAUGGAUUAGGGCAAAGGAUGGUAUUCCGGGGUUGAACGUAACGAUUUCAACAGGUGACGAGGUGCCUCGGGUCUCUAAGAAACCGCAACCACUUGAGUUACGCGCGGUCGUCGGGCUCUCGAAUCUACACGCCUCCCUUCGUCUUUACAUCACUACACUAAGCAUGUUCGACCUCAAAUUACAAACAUCUCGUGAACGGGAAAAGAGAGAGGAAGUAUCGAAGACGAAGAAUGACUCGUUUUCCGGAGGUGAAAGGUUGCGGAGUAAGAAGAGCGCCAGUAAGCUACAGUAUGUUUCGGAUUCCGUUCCAAUUUCCGGCUCCGAGGUUAACGAUCAGGUGGGACUUUGGGUUACACGUGAGAAAUGA